AUGGCGGAAUCACAAGUCACGCUCUCGGCCUUCUACGGUAUCUCUUCGCCGUGGGCCUACCUAGGUGCAGAACGCAUGGUAGCCAUCGCAAAGAAGCAUGGCGUGAAGCUCAUCCAUCGCCCAAUUCGUGUCAUUCAGGCAAAUGGAGGAAUUCCGCUUAGAACUCGACCUGACAGCCGGCAACAAUACCAUGAAGCCGAGCUCGAUCGCUGGAGGAAAUACCUUGACAUCCCUCUGAAUCUCAAACCAAAGUUUUAUCCUUGCCGCACUAUCGAAACCUCAGCGCAAGCCAUCAUAGCGCUUCAAAAGGCCGGUUAUGAUGUCUCGGGAUUUUCUUUCGCGGUUCAGCGCGCUCUCUGGGCGGAAGACCGCGACAUUGCGGACUUGGCCACGCUCAAGGAAAUUGCAGCGGCCACCCUAGGUCCAGAAGCCGCCGAGCUGGUUCUUGAGCCCCAGAAACCAGACAUAGUGGCGGAGUGGGAAACCAACCUUGCCGAAGCUGAGAGAAGGGGGAUCUUUGGUACGCCUACUUAUGUAGUCGACGAUGAGCUCUUCUGGGGACAGGACCGGUUGGGCUUUGUUGAUCGAGCACUAGUCUCUGCUAAAGCUAGGCGGCAGGUUGAGGAGAAGUGA